AAGCUCCGUCCCAUUGUUUUCUAAUCUUCUUUCUAAUAUCUUUCAUAAUGUUUCUGAUAGUGUCAUUUUCAAUAUUCUUGGUUGCUCCAGUCCAGUUUAAGACAAAAUCUUUUUCAUCUUUCGCUGUUUUUUGAGUUGUUUUCAGUUUCUUUUUAGCUAUAGACCAAUAUCUUUCGAUCAAUACCAUGCUCUUCUAAGGUAGCAAUCGUCGCCCUGGCAUAAUGAGAAGUGGCCAAAUCUGGCCGAAACAUCGUUGCACCAUUCUGUUUUUGAAUGAAGGUGUAGGUAAGCAGAGAAAAAUGUUGUGCCUCGGUGGGAGUCGAACCCACGUCUCUAUGCUUUCCGGGCAAGUAACUUUACCGCUGGACCACGAAACCACUUAGGGUACCAAUCUUUUUUUUUAAACAUACUUUAAUAUAUACUUCUGCCGAAAUAGUUCCUUUAGUAACAAAUUAUGAAAACCUCAAACCGCACUGACAAAUGGCCUGCCAUACCAAGUAUUUAGUACCAAAUUUGUCCCUAGCAAUGGAAGUCUCAGAUUCUGAAAGAAUUUCUCCUUCAAAUGGUGUAUAAUAACUAGGCCCUGGCAAUGUCGUCCGUUUUGACAUACGUUUCGUCAUCCAAAACAAAACAACAAUUUUUUUAACAAAUUAAGGAGUACAGCUUACGGGCUCUAGUUUUAAUUACUUUACGCUGUUUUCCCGACAGUUUUGGUAUUUUUUAUUUCUUAUGAGUUUUCAUACUCGCACGCUGUUUAGCUCUUUGCACCAUACCUUCGUUCGUACGGCAUUUUUUUGCCACAUCCCUAACAGACAUAGCGCGAUUCUUGCAGAUGGUUUUAACAAUUGUUUUUUAUCCAUUUGUCAAUUAUUUUCUUCCUACGCUCUAAUUCACACAUUAUUUUCAAAAGAAAUAUCAACAAUGUGAUUGAACUGGUAUCACGAAUUAAUAUUUUGAAUAUUUGACAUUGUUGCUAUGACAACUCCGCAACGAAUAAGCAAAAGAACAGCCUGCUAUGAUGUUUUGAAAUUUACAGUUUUGGAUCAUAACACUCCUUAUUUAAUUUUUCUAAUUCUACUCAGAUCAUAGUGAAUGGAAGAAAAUGAAGUUACUUUUGUACAAUUAUGUUGUCGCGAGUGUGUUAAUUUCAGCCGAAGUGAUAACAUUAAUUAAAGAUGCGAGUAUCACGUGUGUUUUAACAGAUAAAUCUGUUAACUCCACUAUAUACGUAACGAAUGCCGAUGACCUUGUAAAACUUGAACGGGCAAUUCAUGAAAUAACCAAUAUAUAUGAUAAUGAUUGGCAAUGCAGAAAGUCGAGUGUUGACUUUCGGCCAGUACUUGACCAACGUUGGACAAAUUUUAGGCCAGACACUACAGGUGUCAGACUUGAAAAUCGAUUCUCAUUAUGUUUCAAACAACAUUCGAACAUUCUUUUACAUGACAGAAGUUACCAACACUCUACAAACAUAACAAUACGACAUUUGAAUGGUCCCUACACCGCUUGUCAGUGGGAGCACUACGAAAUAAUAAAAAAUAAUACACAUGUGAGUCUAGUCAACACUGAAAACAACAAUGUUAUUAAUGUAACAAAACUGGACUUUAAACCGGAUUGGGUAAAAUUUUCUCCAGACAAUUUCAAUAUUAAAGUACAUAAAUAUCAAUUUCUAUACUGCACAACAACUAGCACAAAACCAUCAUACAUUAACAUAACAUCUAUGAGCUGCGUCUCUUUUUAUGUUUCUGUUGAUGAAGGAUGUUACCUGAAUAUUUCGGUACAACCAGCAAAUAGCAUUACAAAAAUAACUGGAUUUAACGAGAAGAACAAAUUAAAACAGUGGAAAAAAUACGAAAUAAGGACUGAUCCUAAAGCGAUUAAUCAAACGCUUUCGAUUGACAGGGGACGAGACGACAACGGUAACGAGGGUUAUUGGACAAUUCAUGAUAUACACAGUUGUAGUUCCGAAACAGUUAUUUAUCGGACCAACUUGAGUACAUCCUGGACUACCCAGAAGUGUGCGGAACUAAAACAAACGAACUCUUCAAAUAAACUUUGCACCAAAGCCUCUUUAGGAGAAAAAUGUAACAUUAAAUGCGAUGAAGUUUUGGGACCGAAAUAUCCCAACUGUGAGGAACAUCGAAUAUGUUUGUCAGAAAAUAAAUGUCACUGUGCCUGGGGUUUCAAGGGAGAAAACUGUAGAGAAGAAUGUGGAGAAAAUUCUUGGGGAUUAGAUUGUUUGAAAAAUUGUACUAAUUGCGAAAAAUGUGAUAAGAAAACCGGAUGUCAAAAAUGUAAGGCACAGUACUUCGGGGAAGAAUGUGUGUAUAAAUUUCCCGUCGUGAAAAAGGCACCUAUUUUAGAACCUAGUGACGACGAGUCGAUAAAAAUUUUAACAAAUAUUGAAUAUGGACAAGACGAAGAGAAGGCAGAACAUUAUUAUAUUCAGUGGAGAAAGCUUGACAGCAACGAUGGGUUCGAAAAUUACACAGACCACCAAUUCCCUAUUACAAAAAAUAAGGAAUCGUUUCCAAUAAAUAUUUCGCGGAAUGAUUCUUAUCAGUUUAGAAUAAUAUUGGUUAGCCAUAAUUCAUCUUUUCAACAAGAUACCAUCCCGAAGUUAACCGUAUACAAAAAAUCUUUGACUGCACAUGUGAAACACGAAGAAACCAUCGUAUUAAACUGGAUUAAACAUGACCCAGAUGAAACUAUGUACAAGAUAACACACAGGUGUAAAAAAUCAUUCUGCGCCGACGAAGCAGAGGAAGAAUAUAACACCACAUCUACAACAACUAUUGCACUAACUAUGAAACACUUCAAAAUAUGCAGCAUCAACUUGUUCAUUAUAAAAGAUGGAAGCGAUGAAUUCAAAGAGCAAACAACUGUAAUUCUUCAAAAUUCAACGAGAGAAAUACUUCCCGCCGAACUACCAAGAAAUGUUACCUUCUUGAAAAAUCAAAUCGUCCUCGAAUUAAACAAAUGCCACAAUUUUACUGGACCGUUGAAUUAUUCAGUUGAAGUUAUAUGCAUAAGCGAGUGGUGUACAAACGAAUCUACGAAAAUUGAUCCGUAUCAUUUACUACACUAUUCAAGUAACAUUACUAGAGAUGUAAAGGGUUUAUCACCUUUUAUGGAAUACAACAUCACAAUAAUUGCAAAAAGGACUGGUCAGCAUGACAAAAAACAAACUUAUUUAACGAAAUCAAUGCCGUCAGCACCACCACCAGUAAAUACUUUACAUUUAUAUUCUAGUGACGAAGACACUUUGUUUAUAAGAUGGAAGGAAUCCUUUCCACCAACAGGAAAAAUAGAAGCGUACAAUGUUACUCUCAGCGAUAAAAAGUCAAUUCUUACUUUAACGAAUCGUACGUUUUCUUGCGAAAUGUGGCCCGAAUUUCAGUGCACAAUUAUACGGCGAAAAGAAAAAGUUAGGGUUUGCACAGUGACGGUUCGAGCAAAAAACUACGAAGUUGCUGAAUGGAGUGAGUCCAAUUUUACAAUAAAUGUCGAAAAUGUAACUCAAGCACCUCACAAUUUGCGGAUCGAAUUAAGUCCACAAUCAACGAACGAAGUGAUACUCAGAUGGGAGUACCCACUUUACACAUAUGGAAAAAUUGAAAAAUUUUAUACAGUACUACACAGCAGCAGUGGGACAGAAAAUGAUACGAUCCAAGUUUCCAAUGAGAUAAAGUAUAACAAAACUAUUAAAAUCAAAUAUGGUAAUAAAUACAAGUUCAUUGCUUGGGCACCAGGCGCUCAUGAUGGUGAAAAAGCAACGAUUUAUUUCGUAGUCUCUAAACCCGUUUCUAAAUUGUCGAAUCAAGCGUUUAUAUUAUGGUGUACAGAAAAAUGUCAUUUAGUAAAACCAAAAUCAAAAACACAAGGAAAUACGAAUUACAACAUUACAAUAAAACAACAUAAUAGAAUGAAGGAGGAACACGAGGCGAAAGGAUUAAUUAGUCCUUCGGAAGACAAAAUUCUUUGCACGGAAAAUAACCCAUCAUGCGACAUCCACUCAAAGUUCCAAGACGUGGCAAAUCAAUCUUAUUUUCUAAAAAUAGACCAUGAAGAAAUACAUAUCGAAUUUACAGCGACUGAAAAACGCAAUAUUACAUCAAAAACAAAUAUUAUUAUUGCGGCAGUUGUGCUAGGAGUAAUCCUUCUCGCUGCCUUCCCUCUAGGAUUCUUGAUUUACAGGAGAAAAAGUCAAGCAUAUACACCGAAAAAAUUAAAAAACAUACCAAGCAUAAAAUUCCCAGACCUUAAAGAAAAAAAAGCACUUAUGCUCAACAACAACGAAAGGGAUCUUUCUUUUGGACCUGUGAAGAUCAACCAUUUUGCGAAUUUCUUCUCAACUGCGCUCGACGAUGACCCAGAUGACAACAUAAUAACACGACAAUUUGAGGCGGUACCUAGAGCAAGGGUUACAAAUUGUCAACAAGGCCAGUUACACGAAAACGCUAACAAAAACCGCUACAACAAUGUCUUGCCAUAUGACGACACUAGAGUAAUUUUGCAAGGAAACAGCGAGGGAGACUACAUCAAUGCAAAUUACGUCAACGGUUACGACGUCCCAAAAGCCUUCAUUGCCACUCAAGCCCCUUUGGCGUCCACCGUGCACGAUUUUUGGUACAUGAUCUGGCAAGAGAAUGUCAAAAUCAUAGUGAUGUUGACCGAAAUCGAAGAAAACGGGCGCGUCAAGAGUGAAAAAUAUUGGCCAGAAGAUAACUCUCGUUUCAGGUUUGGAGAUUUCGUCGUUGAGAGUGUUACUCGAAAAUCGACUUCGCACUACAUCCAUCGGGAGUUUCAAGUAAUAUUUAAUAAGCAAAGUCGUUUGGUUGACCACUUCCAAUACACAGCCUGGCCCGACCACGGAGUACCAUUGUACGUUUCUGAGUUUGUUGCAUUCGUGAAAAAUCCAUUGCAACUGGAACAGAACACUCCCGUAGUCGUACACUGCAAUGCAGGGUGUGGCAGGUCGGGUACUUUCAUUCUAUGCGACAUUCUCAUUAAAAUGGGUACGAAAGAAAAGCAGUUGGACUUUUUUGGGGUUUUGAAGCGAAUAAGAGACCAAAGGGUUGGGCUGGUGAGCAACGUAGAACAGUACAUUUUUUCGCAUCAAGUCAUAUUAGAGUACUUCUUCGGAGAAGAUUUUUCUAUUUCCAUUGGUGAUAAUUUUGAAGAGGAGGUACAAAACGCUUUAAUUGACUUCAACAUAAAACACAUGCUCAAAUGUCUGACACGAAACAAGAGACCUCAAUUUAAAACAACCGCGCAACUUACCGACGAAGAAAAAUCCAAAAAUCGGUUUUCUAAAAUCUUGCCGGGCCCUUCCCAAAUUUAUUUGCCAAUAUCUUCGCGCGAUUCCUCCAACUACAUCAACGCUGUAACCGUGGACGGCUACCAAUGUCCCAAAAAAUUCAUCGUAACGCAACAACCCCUACCCAACACUGUUGGAGACUUCUGGAAACUAGUUCAUGAAUACGAAAUUGACACAAUCUUGUCUUUGAACACAAUUAACGACAAAGACGUGGAUUGCCCGAAAUUUUGGCCCAACGAGAACGAAGGUAGUUGGACCUUCAAUUCGAUGAAAUUAGUUUUCUUCAAUCAAGAAACUGACAACCCUUCAUACAACUUAGGACGACUCAAAGUAGGGAAAACGACGGAAGACAAAACGAAGAUCGUCAUUGUAAUAGACCUGAAAAAUUGGAGACGGAAAACACUUAAGCCUUCGAAUAUUAAGGAUUUAAUUCAUGUUUGGCAGAAGAUUAUGACGUGUAAAGGGAAAAUUGUUGUCAGUUGCUACGACGGGGCAACUGCUAGCGGACUUUUCGUGGCGAUGGCGUUUGUGCUCGAAAAAAUCAAUUUAGAUAAUUGUUGCGACGUUUUUACUGCCGUUAGAACCGUGAAACAAAGUCGGCCACAGUUCGUCGAACACACUGAACAACUGAGAUAUUUGUAUCAGGUCGCUCUUGAGUAUAUACGGGAAUUUAACACUUACCAGAAUUUUACCUGAUCGAACUGGUUUGCUAUAGUGUUUUUUUAUACGCGGUAGAUAUAAAUCACCAUUUUUAGUAACUUGGAAUGUAACUGCUUAGUAAAUAUAGAAAAUAUAUGCUA